CCCGGCCGGGACAGGGCGGGCCGGGGGCGGGGCCCGGCUCGGACCACGCGGGGCGGAGCCCAGGAGCUGACGCGGCCGCUCCGCCCCCGAGACAUAACCGGCCGCCGCGCACCGAGCGCCGGGCGCCGCAAGCUCGGACCCCAGGCUCCCACCGGGUGCGCCGCCUCCCGCCCGCCAUGGCCGGGCCACGCGCCCCCCGCGCCCUAGCGGCUGCCGCGCCCGCGUCCGGGAAGGCCAAGCUGACGCACCCGGGGAAGGCGAUCCUGGCAGGCGGCCUGGCGGGCGGCAUCGAGAUCUGCAUCACGUUCCCCACCGAGUACGUGAAGACGCAGCUGCAGCUGGACGAGCGCUCGCACCCGCCGCGGUACCGGGGCAUCGGGGACUGCGUGCGGCAGACCGUCCGCAGCCACGGAGUCCUGGGCCUGUACCGCGGCCUCAGCUCCCUGCUCUACGGCUCCAUCCCCAAGGCGGCCGUCAGGUUCGGAAUGUUCGAGUUCCUCAGCAACCACAUGCGGGACGCGCAGGGACGGCUGGACAGCACGCGCGGACUGCUGUGUGGCCUGGGGGCCGGCGUGGCCGAAGCAGUGGUGGUCGUGUGCCCCAUGGAGACCAUCAAGGUGAAGUUCAUUCACGACCAGACUUCUGCCAACCCCAAGUACAGAGGAUUCUUCCAUGGGGUUAGGGAGAUAGUACGGGAACAAGGGCUGAAGGGGACGUACCAGGGCCUCACAGCCACUGUGCUGAAGCAGGGCUCCAACCAGGCCAUCCGCUUCUUUGUCAUGACCUCCCUGCGCAACUGGUAUCGAGGGGACAACCCUAACAAGCCCAUGAACCCCCUCAUCACCGGGGUCUUCGGAGCUAUCGCAGGCGCAGCUAGCGUCUUCGGAAACACUCCUCUGGACGUGAUCAAGACCCGCAUGCAGGGCCUGGAGGCGCAUAAAUACCGAAACACGUGGGACUGUGGCCUGCAGAUCCUGAGGAAUGAGGGUCUCAAGGCGUUCUACAAGGGCACUGUCCCCCGUCUGGGCCGAGUUUGCCUGGACGUGGCUAUCGUGUUCAUCAUCUACGACGAGGUGGUGAAGCUGCUCAACAAGGUGUGGAAGACGGACUGAGCCUAUGGGCCCUCGUGGGGCCUGCGCAGGGCCCGCAGAACAGCCCCACACCCCGGCUCAUGUGACUCCAGUGCAGUAGUGCCAAAAGGCCCUCCUGUGUCCCUCGAGUCUGCGUGCCCCGUAGUGCCGUGACUUUCUUGUGGUCUGUGUGUGAAACCACCACUGUGUCCACGUGUUUGGCUAUGGGUGGGCAUCCAUCCCUCUGCCUGUGAAUCUGUGCCCACUUGUCCAUGUGCUUCCUUGUGAACCCUGUGCCUGUGUUUCAUGUUCUGUGUCAUGUGACACUGUGCCCCUCGUCCUGGGGUGCCCAUGUGGCCUGGAUCCGCGGCCCUGUAGCCAUGGCCCGGUCCCAGCCCGGUGCCUUCCACCCUGCCCUGGCCUACCACAGCUGCCUCCGGGCCUCGGCCUGGCUUCACCGCAUUCCGGGGGCUGCAUGCCCCCCGCUUCUCCCGCCAUUGGCCUUAACUGGCCCUAGGGCCCUCCCUCCGCCCGGGACAGGGUGGCACCCGCCACUCUCAGGACCACCCUGCCAAGGCAGAAUAAACCGGAUCCUGUUGCA